AUGAGAACAGUUCCAAAGUGGGUGAAUAAAAUUCAUGAGGCUGAUAAAAUUGAAUCUUCCAGCAUUCACGCAAUAUGUUUUAACCCUGAGGGUACACAGCUAGUUGUUGGUGCUGGUGAGAAGGUAAUGGUGUAUGACCCUCGUGACGGAGCCCUAGUCCAACUUCUUCAAGCCCAUAAAGCUGCUGUUCAUGCUGUAGCAUAUUGUAGUGAUGGAAAAAAAUUUGCAAGUGGUGGAGCAGAUAAAAAUGUUAUCAUUUGGAGCUCUAAGAUGGAAGGAAUUCUCAAGUACUCACAUAGCGAGGCCAUUCAAUGUCUUGCAUAUAAUCCAGUGUCAUUACACUUAGCAUCUUGCGCAUUGUCAGACUUUGCAUUCUGGUCGGCCGAUGUAAAGGCUGUGCAGAAAUAUAAAAUUGGUGGACGUAUCACAUGUUGUGCUUGGUCACCUAAUGGUCAAUACUUAGCAAUAGGGCUGGCUAUUGGAGCUGUAUCUAUACGUAAUAAGGUAGGCGAUGAAAUACAAAUAAUACAGCGCGAAGCACCAGUCUGGGCUGUAACAUUCUCAAAAAGUACACUUCUAGUCAGUGAUUGGAAUGACACACUGUCAUUUUACAAUGUACAGGGUCAACAAGUAUUAAAAGAUAGAAAUAUAGGCAUAUCAGCAUUAUCAAUAUCUACUUUCGAUGCGCUAGUGCUCGUGGGAGGUGUGGGAGGCUGGGCUGUUCUCACCACUGAGGGCAUUACAAUGCUUAACACUCCCCAAGACUGGGUCUGGGCUAUAACCCCAUCGCCAUCUCAAAAUAUCUUGGCAGUGGGGUGUCAAGACGGCACUUUGUGGUGCUACCAGAUAGUAUUUAGCACAGUUCACGGAUUGUAUCGUGAGCGUUACGCAUAUCGGGAGAACAUAACAGACGUGAUAAUACAGCAUCUCAUAACAGGCAACAAAGUGCGGAUAAAAUGUCAUGACCGGGUGCAGAAAAUCGCUAUAUAUAAACAUCGGUUGGCGGUGCAACUGCCCGAAAGGGUGGUAGUAUAUGAACAAGGCGACGCGGACGGAAUGUUGUACCGGGUUAAGGAGAAACUACCUCAGAAAUUGGAAUGCUCUCUACUAAUAGCGACAAGUGACGCUUUGCUACUCUGUCAGGAUAACAAAUUAUCAUUGAUUGGAAAACGCUUGCCGAAAAUUUGGUCAUUUCCAGCACCAAUUCGUUACGUGAAGGUGACAACGUUAUUCUUCAAGGAGGUUCUGCUUUUGGGAUUGCUCAAUGGCCAGAUUUGGCAAGUGGAACCUAGAGAGGGCAGUUCCAAAGUGACCGUGACUACGCCGGCCGGUGUUCGUUGUCUCGACGUAAGCGCGUCUCGAAACUGUCUGGCAGUCGUCGACGACUCGUCCGUUUGCCGCGUCUACUGCUUACCCACAGUGGAGAUGCUGUACUCUGAAGAAAACGUAUCAUCGGUGUCCUGGAACUCGUUAUGUGAUGAGCUACUGUGCCUGUCAGGUGGUGGCUUGCUUUCCAUAAAAGCUGGUAGUUUCCCUGCGGCCACACAACCACUCGCGGGAUCAGUAGUUGGAUUCCAGGGUGGCCGUGUGUUUUGCUUGCAAGCGAAUGCCAUGCAAACUAUUAACGUUCCACUGUCGCAUGCAGUUCACCAGUAUGUGCAAAAAAAGAUGUUCAAUGACGCUUAUGCAGUGGCCUGCUUAGGAGUUACUGCUCUGGAUUGGGAAAGGCUGGGAAUGGCGGCAUUCGAGGAGCUCGCCUUCGAGGUGGCGAGGAAAGCUUUUCAGCGAAGCGAGAAUAUUACUUUCCUGACGCUAAUCGAUCAACUACAGGAACGUUUUGAAGCCGGUGAAAAACGUGAUGUAAUACUAGGCGAAGUGUUUGCGUAUCGAGGGAGGUAUACAGACGCAGCCAACUUGUUCCAGACCGCUGGUCGUGAUGACCGCGCACUUAAUUUGUACCUGGAUUUAAGGAUGUUCAGUAAGGCUCAGGAGCUGGUCGGCGAGGGCGAGGGGCUGGCGAAACUCGCGCGGCGUCGUGCUGAGUGGGCGCGGCACGUGAGCGAGCCGCGUGCCGCCGCCGAGAUGUACCUCGCGGUCGGCGAUGUACGCCGUGCCGCACAGCUCAUGGCCGAGAACGGCCGCCGGGAUAUGCUGAUCGAGCUGGCGCGUAAGUUGGACAAGGGGUCAAGCGAGUCACUGCGGCACGUGGCGGAGGCGCUCGUGUCUGUGGGCGAGCCGGCUGCCGCCGCGGACGUGUACCAGCGCCUCGGCGACUACAAGAAAGUCGCACAAUUGGCUGUGUCGGCAGGCGAAUGGUCGCACGCAUUCGCACUCGCUCGCGAACAUUCCGAAUGCAAACGAGAAGUGUAUCUACCUUACGCCCAUCGUAUGGCGCAUGAAAACAAAUUCAUCGAGGCGCAGAAAGCAUAUCACAUGGCGGGCGAGACGGCUACAGCUAUUCGCGUGUUUAGCGUGUUGGUCGGAAACGCGGUAGCGGAGGAGAGGUUCGCGGACGCGGGCUAUUUGCACCAUUUGCUCGCCGCACAGUGCCUCGAUACGGCUGCUGCGGCUAGUGGCAAGGAUCGCGAGUCGGCGCUGCGUCGGUACUGUGAAAACGCGCGCUUGUCGCUCGUGUACCACGCAUACGAAGCGGCGCAUCGUUGCGUGCACGAGCCAUUUUCCCUCAGCCAGCCCGACGCACUGCUCAAUGCCGCGAGGUACGCGCUCGCAAGGCUGCAGGCCGAACCUCCGCCCGGCAUCUCUAUGUUUUGUUUAUAUUUGUGCAUAGCCAAACAGGCGAAGACUUUAAACGCAAAUUCAUUAGCUCAGCAGAUGUUAGACAAAAUUCUUAAUCUCCAAAUACCAUCGAAGUUUCAGGAAAGCGUUGAACUCUUGAUAUUGAAGAGUCGCGCCAGUGCCACCGGUAACGAAAAUCAAGAUGAAGAAGUAUCUCCGUUAUGCUGGCGUUGUCGUCGACACGCUCCACCGUUGUGCGCAACGAACUGCCCGCAUUGUCACCACGAACUCACGCACUCGCUCGCUACUCACGAAGUUCUUCCAUUGGUCCAAUUCGAACCAGCGGAAGGUAUAUCUAUUGAAGAAGCAUUAGAUCUCAUAGAUCGCACAACUCUUCCCGAAAAUACUACGAAGGAGGAUACAGGAGAUGCUGAAAUUCUUCGAAUAGACCAUGACAUUGAAUCUUCAGACCCAUUCCUGGAUAAAGUUGACGAGGAAGACGAAACAGGAGUUGUGGUAUGCAGUCGCAACGCUCUUUUGCGGCUGAACCCCGCUAGUGUGGUGACGAUACUACGGCCGCCGCUACCGCCUCGCUUCUACCGUAAUAUGCUGCCCGAACUACCGGUGGCACCUUGUCCUCAUUGCCAACAUCUGUUCUAUAUGGAAGACUAUGAAAUACAGCUGGUUUCCAAGGGACAUUGUCCCUUCUGCCUCCAUCCAGCGGAAGUGAUAAAUAAAGAGGACGCUGGAGACGACUCCCUAUUAAAUGGAUCCAAUACAUCUAGUCCAGAUAGUCUAAGCAAUGGACAAAAUACAUGGUGA